UUUCACUCCAGGAGGUUGAGAGCGUGUGUUGGAAGUGUGGAUUCUAGAGUUGGAUGCUGUUGUCGAUGCUGACGGACUGAUUUCAUCCUGUCUGCUGCGCUCAGUUUGGAGGACAGAGCCCUUUUGAAUUGGCGCAGCGUAUUUUGAACUUGACAACAACGGGAAAAUACAGAAAACUGGAAAGCUACUAGUGGAAGUUGCCGUGGUACGCGAAAGAUAACUUGUAGGAAGAUGGAUAUAAUCUAAAAGGGAUUUUUCUGAAACGACAUUUCAUUUUUGGCUGGUUUUACUGACGUUACGUUGGCACAGACCGGAUCGCUAUCACUGAAAAGCAAGAACAGAUGAGUGUUUUGUAAGAAGAAUAUUCAAUGAAUAGUAAGGGAAGGACGAUUAUGGAUCCAUUGCAUCAAAACAGGGCUUGGUGGUGGAUAUUGGUGAUCCACUAUGUGGCGCUACAACUCAUGACCAUCCACUCAUCCAUGGUGCCAGGAACGUUGCAGCUCCAGCUAGAUGAGGAACAGCCAGCAGGAACUGUAGUAGGUGACAUUAGUGCUGGCCUCCCACCUGACAUGACUGCAACCCAUUAUUUCAUCUCAGAUCAUCAGGGUACAGGUGUCGGCACCGAUCUGGACAUCGAUGAGAGUACAGGGAUCAUAAAAACCGCAAAGGUCUUGGACCGGGAAGUACGGGACCGUUACAGCUUCAUAGCAGUCACCAUAACCGGAAUAACCGUAGAAGUCACCAUCUUAGUAAAUGACAUCAACGACCACGCUCCAGUGUUCCCAAGAAAAAGAGCCAUGUUUAAGAUUCCAGAACAGACAACUAUUGGCACCAAGUUUCCUCUUGAGCCUGCUUUGGAUGCAGAUGAGGACCAGCUCACUACGCAAGGCUACAUCAUAACGGAUGGAAAUGUAGGACAAGCUUUUUUUCUUGAAACCAAACGAGGAUCCAACAAAGUGCUCUACUUGGAUUUGGUAGUCAAUGCAGUUUUGGACAGAGAGACCAGAUCUUCGUACACUCUACUCUUGGAAGCAUUUGAUGGUGGUUCACCCAAGAGGACUGGACAAAUGAUCCUGGAUUUGAUUGUGCAGGACAUCAAUGACAACGCCCCAGUCUUCAACCAGAGUCGCUACCAUGCAGUGAUCUCAGAGAACCUUCAACCUGGGAACAAUAUACUGCAGGUGUUUGCUUCAGAUGCUGAUGAAGGCGACAAUGGGUUGGUGUUCUACGACAUCAACAGGAGACAGAGUGAUCCUGAUCGCUACUUUGUCAUUGACACUCGAACUGGAGUUAUCACUCUGAACAAGCCUUUGGAUUUCGAAAUGAGAAGAGUUCACGAGCUUGUGGUACAGGCUCAGGACAAUGCCAGUCAACCAGAGGUCACCAAUGCUUUCGUGACCAUCCAGGUGCGAGACUACAAUGACAACCAGCCCACCAUGACCAUCAUCUUCCUCAGUGAGGAUGGUUCUCCACGCAUCUCUGAAGGAGCGCAGCCUGGCCAGUAUGUGGCUAGGAUUUCGGUCACGGACCCUGAUUAUGGAGAAUAUGCCAAUGUGAAUGUGUCUUUGGAAGGGGGUGAUGGAAAGUUUGCUUUGACCACCAAAGACAGCAUCAUCUAUCUCAUCUGCGUAGAUCAGAUCCUUGAUCGUGAAGAGCAAGACCAUUAUGAACUCAGAGUCUUGGCCACAGAUUCUGGCACUCCUCCAUUACGGGCAGAGUCUUCAUUUACCAUUCAGGUCACGGACGUUAACGACAACCCACCUUUGUUUGACCAGCCAGAAUACACCCAGGUUAUUCCAGAGGUUGCCUUUCCGGGAAGUUUUGUUGUACAGGUUACAGCACGGGACAAAGACCAGGGACCCAAUGGAGAUGUUCAGUACAGCAUCCUACAGAACGAAGAAACUCAUUCAGACUGGUUCAGUGUUGACGCAGUCACUGGUAUCGUCACCACCUUGACCCAGCUUGAUUACGAAACAGACCCUAUGCCGAGUGUAACUGUGGUUGCUGCCGACAGGGGUCGACCACCUUUAUCUUCUACAGCUGUGGUCAAAGUGAUCCUACAGGAUAUUAAUGAUAAUGAACCUGUGUUUGGCAGCAAGUUCUACAAUGCAUCCAUUAAGGAGAACACCGCAGCAGGGACCUGUUUCAUGGAGAUUUCUGGGGUUUUUGGGCAUGAAGUGUGUGAAAACCCCAAUGCAGAAUGA